ACUCUCUAAGCCACCGUGUGUAUAUAUAUAUAUAUAUAUACACACGAGAGAGAGAGAGAGAGAGAAUAGAAUAGAAGAAGCAGAAGACAUAACCAUAAUAUAUAACAGACCAUCAGCAGACCAUCCGUACGGGUAUUAUCAAAAUGGCUUUUCAUUUAUUAAGAAUUUAUAGUUCAUGCAUCAAACCUUUACAACAAACAUUGCUGUCUAACACGGAAAUUUUAAAUAAAAUCAACAAUCAAACUGUAAAUAUUUUGAAGUCACAAAUUCCUCUAACAUAUUUAAUUAGGCCUACUUCAAUUUUCACAAAAUACUCUGCUGAAAGCUUGUGGAAGUCUGUAGUAAGUGUUAGUAAUGCAGGUAGACAGAGAGGUAGAGGAAGGGGAACAAAGGGGCUUCAGAAGAAUUUAAACAGAGGCCAAAUAAUUGGUGUUGGCAAGAUAAAUAUGCUGUGGCCAGGUUUGACUGGUCCAAUUAUGCGAGGAUCUACUGUUGUCAAACAGCAAAGAUUACCUGAUGAUAAGGAAAGAGAAGCUAAACUUAUUAAAAUGAGAGAAGAAUGGGGUGUUAAAAAAUCAAGAAAAGUGCACCCACUGGAGAGGGGUUGGACAAGUGCUAGAGUAGCUGGAAGAAACAUUGGACCACCAGAUCCUGUUAAUGAUGAAACUUUUGAAGGUUUUGAAACCAAAGUUCUUGAACACAAAAUUGUUAACCACAUGACAGGAAAUUUGGGGAGAAAAAAAAGUUAUAGUACAUUUGUAAUCACAGGUAAUAAAAAUGGGUUAUGUGGAAUUUCUAUAGGCAGAGCACCAGAUGGUAGAGGAGCUUUGAGAUUGGCAAAAAAUAGAGCAGGGUUUAAGUUAAUGUACAUUAAAAGAUUCAAAGAACAUACAGUAUAUCAUGAUUUCUUCUCUCAAUUUGGAUCUACAAAAGUGUAUGUCACAAAAAAAAAUGAGGGAUUUGGUUUAAGGUGUCAUAGAGCAAUUAAAUGUGCUUGCGAAGUAAUUGGAAUAAAAGAUCUUCAUGUUAAAGUUGAGGGAGCUAUGAAUUAUCAGCACAUUAUUAAAGCCUUUUUGAUUGGAUUAUUGAAACAAAAAACACACAAGGAGUUAGCAGAAGAUAAGCAAUUAUACUUAGUAGAAUUCAGAAAAGAAAAUCUAAAUUAUCCUAAUGUAGUGGCUACUCCAUCAGUUGUAAGAAAACCUGAAGAAGUUAAAUCAACUGAAAUUUUGGAUUUCAAACAAUACGUUCUGGGAGGUAAAGUUAUUCUGCAAAAGAAGAAGUUUCCUCCAUUUUAUGUCAACAGUAUUGGAUAUAAAAUCAGACAAACUAAGAUGGAGUAUUUAAGAAAUAAAGAUAAUGUUAGAAUAAGAAUGUUAGCUGAGCAUGGAGAGUAUCGAAGUUUUUUAACAGAUAAAUAUCCUGAAGCAAAGCCUAAAUUUUGGAGCAAGAAGAGACGAGAACAAGAAAAAAGCGAAAACAAUUAAUGUUAUAUUCUGUAAAUAUAAAAUAAAAAAUAAAUGUUUUCAUUACUUUCAAAUAAGUGUUAACAUUACAAUCUCUUUUGUUUAUAAAUAUUGUUCUACACAAUUUCAAAAGGAAUUAUAAAAUUAUA